CGCUGGCCUCCCCAGGCCCCUCGCUGCCCCCGGACCUGGACCCGGACCCGGACCCGGACCCUGAGUCCACCACCACCACCACCACCGAGGAGCAGUAUGUGAGCGUGGGAGAGUCCAGCCAGACUGACCCACAGCCGGCGGCGCCUGACUGCAGGGACGCCGAGACAAUCACAGAUGUGUGCAACAGCACCGACCUGCCAGAGUUUGAGAUCAUCAGUCUUCUGGAGGAGCAGCUGCCGGUUUACCGUCUGCGCGCCGACACGGUCUACGGCUACGACCACGAUGACUGGCUGCACACGCCGCUCGUGGCACCGGACGCCAGGCUCGACCUGACCACGGAGCAGAUCGAAGAGACUCUCAAAUACUUCUUGCUAUGUGCAGACAGAGUAGGCCAGAUGACCAAGACGUACAAUGACAUCGACGCCAUCACACGUCUUUUGGAGGAGAAAGAGAGGGAUCUGGAGUUGGCGGCGCGGAUCGGUCAGUCUCUUCUCAAGAAGAACCAAAUACUGACUGAGCAGAAUGACUAUCUGGAGAUACAAGUGGGACACAUCACAGAGGAGGUGGCACAGCUGCAUCAUGAGCUGAACCUGAAGGACGAGCUGCUGCAGUUUUACACCCAUGCAGCCGAGGAGAGUGAGGAUGAGUCCGGCAGCUCCCCAACGGGUAAAAGGAGUAAAUUGGCAACUGCAUCAGGGGGCGACACACUCCAGAAGAAACUCAAAGAGCUGGAGGAAGAGAACCUGUCACUGCGCUCAGAGGCUCACCAUCUGAAGUCAGAGACUGAAAUAUAUGAGGAGAAGGAGCAGCAGCUUGUCAACGACUGUGUCAAAGAACUCAGGUUGUCCAGUCUCCAAAUAUCCACCAUCGCAGAGGAACUGGCCCGUAAGACCGAGGAUGCCUCGCGGCAGCAAGAGGAGAUCACGCACCUCCUCUCUCAGAUCGUGGACCUGCAAAAGAAAGCAAAAUCAUAUGCGGUGGAGAACGAGGAGCUCUCUCAACACCUGGUGGCAGCUAAAGACGCUCAAAGACAGCUCACAGCAGAGCUGCAGGAGUUGGAGGAGAAGUACUCAGAGUGCAUUGAGAUGUUACACGAAGCUCAGGAGGAGCUGAAGAACCUGAGGAACAGAAACUACCCGGCAGGAACACCUCGACGCUACCACCCGCUGGGACUGUACCCGAUGGAUUCUCUGGCAGCUGAGAUUGAGGGAACCAUGAGGAAGGAGAUGACCCUGGACGACCCAGAGUGUGAGGAACAGAAGACCCACCGUAAGCGUGUGUUUGAAACGGUGAAGAACGUCAACCAGACAGUCCGUCAGCGCUCACUGACGCCGACCGGCUCCAACAUCCCGGGCUCCAACCAGUCUCUGUCCGCUCACACGUCCCCUCAGUCCAGUGGCCUCUCCACGCCACACUCACACAGCAUGUUUGGCGGUGACUUUGGCGCAGACUGCAUCGCCCUUGACAACCGUACGCAGAGCAUCCUGAUGGAGACGGCAGCUAAUCAGGCCAGCAGCACAGAGGGCCGAGAGAAAAAGGCAAACGGUUCCGAGGACCUGAGGCUGGCCCUGCGCCGCCUGUCUCUGCGGCGACAAAACAACCUGAGCGAGAGGCGCUUCUUUGAAGAGGAGAGGGAGAGAUGGAGAGGAGGUCACGGAGGACUGCACGACACUCUGAACCAGGAGAGUGCACUGUUGACCCCCUCAGAGAGCAUCAUGUCCCUGGGGAACCUCCACAUGUGGGCCUCGCGGGGAGCCUACCUCCCCGACAAACUCCAGAUCGUCAAACCGCUCGAAGGCUCGGCCACCCUGCACCACUGGCAGCAGUUAGCUCAGCCUCACCUCGGUGUCAUUCUGGAUGCCAGGCCUGGAGUCGUACCAAAGGGUUACAGACCUCUGGAGCUGGAGCUGGAGCAGGUUUAUCCGUGGGGCGGCUUUGAAGAGGACGAACCAGGUGAGCAGUACUUCCAGAAUCUUCCCACAUCCUCUGCUUCUGCCUCUCCUGCCGUGCACCUCCCGUCCUCCUCCUCCUCCUCCUCCUCCACAUCUGGCACCGUGGACGCCAACGUCGGUCAGCCUCUGCACCGCCUCGCUGCACUUUCUCCCUCGUCUCCAUCUCCGUCACCACACCUCAGCAACACUGACGCUCUGGCUGCGUACUACCCAGGUAAAUGCAUGGCUCACACCAGCUCCACCUACACCUUCACCACCUGUCGGAUCCUUCACCCGACUGAUGAGCUGACGCGUGUCACACCAAGUCUGAACCCAGUCCCAGCGUCGUCCUCUUGCGUGAUGACCAGCAGUCUGUUGGGGACUCCUGCUGUGACGCCCUGUACGCCGCGGAGGCUCAGUCUCAGGACGUCAGAAUCCUCAACGAACCUCAGAGAUGCAACACGAACCACCAGCACCUCCCUGGGGUUAGUGCGCCUCCUCCAGGAGAGAGGGAUCUCAGCAGCGAUGUAUCACCAGAGCCAGGGGCACGAGCACGGUCAGAGCAGCGGGGGAGUCCUACUGAGCACUUCCAUCGCCCCUAACCGAGCACCACACCCUGACCCUCUGCGACCCUCCACCCCUCCGAACUCCCCCACAGGACCUGGAGCUUCCUCUGUGCAUACGUCUGCAGGGUUUGACUUUAAGAGCCCCUCGUACGACAACUUCCUGGCCUCGAAACCAGCACGAUCUAUUCUUAAAGAGGUGACUGGGGGGAUGAGGGGCAGGCAAAGAGGGCGGGACUGUGAAAGCCAAACGGACGUGAGUGUGACCGUCCACAACCUCAACCUGCUGGACAAGGUGAAGCGACUGGGCGUGGCCGGAGCCCCAGGUGGCAGAGCAAUGAGUCCCAGCCCCAUGUUAGGGCAUCUGGGUGGGCUCCGCAGGUCAGGUUCCCCCUUUGGGACUGAUGGAAUCAGGAGAAACCGGAGUUAUCCGGCCAUGGUUGGCGCCAGCAUGGCCAUGAAAGCCCCAGGUCCUCAGGAGUAGCCGGGCAGGACUAAGGAGUGACUGUUGAGCAGUCACCUGGAGCCCAAACACUGACAACAACAACAACAACAACAACAACAUGGUACAGACGAGCAGUUCCUCAUCACUACUGUGGUUCCACACUGACACAAUCAACUUUACUGUAUAACGCUCAUACUUGAAAUAAAAGUAAAGGUUGGGUACGAGCUGCUUCAAGGACUCACAUGAGGUUCAUAAGAGGUGGAAAACAUCAAGAAACAAAGUCAAAGAAAGAACUCCAAGGCAUGAGGCUUGAUGCUGAAACACUUACAAGUACAAGUGUUUGUUUUAAACCAUUCAACGUGACCGUGCCACUCCAUUAAAGGCAUUUCAAUAAACGGAAAGGAGUUUU